AUGUCCGACAACAGCAGUGUUGACAGUGGUAAUGCUGGUACUGCUGAUCCAAUGACGAUUGUUGUUGACGACAUUGAUGUGGAAGACCUGCAUUUGCGUGCACUAAAAAACGCAUCUUCAACCUAUAUUGAUCCUCCUACCGGCUUUACUGUCUUUACUGAUUUGAUUCAUCUGAAGCGAGGGAACUGUUGCGGCAACAAAUGCCGGCAUUGUCCCUACGGAUUUGAAUCAGUCCCCGGCGUACCGAGACGUCCCGCAAAAUUACGGUCAGGAGAUAGACAAGCAGCCGAUUCUCUCAUUCAAGCCAUUCAAAAUGGGACUCCCGUCAUGGAAGCAACAUUGCCUCCUCUUACCGAUAUCGAGCUAGAAGCGAAAUACAAGAAUAGCAAUAUUGUCAAACCCAAGAGACGAGGAUAUGUUCGAAGGAAGGAUCGUCAGGCUAUUUCACCAAACAAACUAGCAACAUUACCAUCGUCAUCUGCAUCAUCAUCUGCAUCAUCAUCUUUCUCUACCAAAGCUACUACUUCCAAAAAUGUUCCUUACACACGCAAGGGCGAUGGUGGAUCCUCAAUGCUGGGAACUGGAGAACGACGACCCAAGGACGAUGCAAAUUUUGAAGCCAUGGGCACAGUGGACGAGUUGUGCUCUGUGGUGGGCGUCGUCGAUGCCCAUCUUUCCAAGGACAUUGAUUAUGGAAAUCUUUCUUCUCUUCUACAGAGUGUCAUGAGUCGACUCUUUGACAUUGGGUCGCACAUUGCCAAACCAUCCAAAGAGUACCAGGCCAAUGGCCUCGGGGAUGGCUUUGAUCCAAAGCAUACUGAGGAUCUGGAGGAAUGGAUCAACAUUAUGACGGAGGAGUUGCCCGAAUUGACUUCGUUCAUUCUUCCAACGGGCGCGAAGGCGGCAGCACACUUGCAUGUGGCAAGGACUGUCUGCCGACGAGCCGAACGACGAGUCUUGCCGUUGGUAAGGGAUGAUCAGACGUGUGAUCCUCACGCGUUGAAAUAUUUGAAUCGAUUGUCGGAUUUCUUUUUUGUGGCAGCCCGAUGGGUAAACUAUUGUCAUGGCGAGCCGGAAACGCAAUAUCAACGGCAUGCUCCAGGAAUGACGCAGCGAGAAGUUGUGUCGAGAUCAUUGCAACAGCAGGAUAGUGGGGAAGAAAGAUAA